UUUUUAAAAUUUAAGAAUCUACAAAUUUAAUAUUUCUUUUUUCUUUAAAAACAAUUCUACAAACUUCUCCCAGAGUCCGGGAACUCUAAACCCCCAAACUCGCCUCCUAAAAAGUAAAAUUACUUUAAUCACGUGUCUAACCCUAAUUCCACGUGCUCCAUCCCUACACUCGCCUCGUGUCCCAACCUGCCAAUUCCCGAAUCCCCGUUCGCUUUUCUUUUUACAUAUAAAUUAGGGUUUGUGUAAUUUUCUAAAUCCAUUCCCUUCCCUUGGCUUUAUAUUCUAAUAGGGAUUUUCUGUAUCACUUUAAUGGCUGCAUCCUCCUCCCAUUCGCUUCUGAUAUCGUCUUCCUUGUUCUGUUUGGAUUCUUUUUGGGUUUUUCGUUCUGUCUAUCGUUGUUUAAUUUCAAACCUAUCUCAUUCUCAGAUUCUUAGUCAACCUUGUAGUUUCUAACAUAUAAAAACCGACGGCCGAGAAGUAGUCACCAACAUGGGAAAACGUGAGAAUUUUUUUCCUCUAUUCUUUUUUUGGGUAAAACUCAGCGCAAAAAUGCGACGAUGUUAGAUAGUGACGAUGAUAAUAGUAGUGUAAGUUCAUCGUCGACCAUGCGUUCCGAUCGAAUGUCGGUUUCCGGAACUGAAGAAGUAGAGCUUAAUAAGGAUAGUUUACUUGAUGAAGCUGUGGAUAAUUUAUACGAAAAGAGGGGUUCAACGCGAGAGAAGGCUUUGGCCUCGAUUAUCGAAGCUUUCAACAGCAACUUGCAGCAUGAGUUCGUGGAGAAGAAGUUUGCUACAUUACUGCACCGGUGCCUGAAUUCCCUCAAAAAGGGGUCCAGCAAAGAGAUAUCUUUAGCUUCCCAUACCGUUGGUUUGCUGGCUUUAACUAUUGGUCCUGGAGACAAAGCACGGGAAAUAUUGGAGGAAUCAAUCACUCCUGUUUCACAGGCUUUUAAGUCUGGUUACGAAUCUUCUAAGAUAGCUUCGUUACUGGAGUGUUUGGCUAUCAUCACUUUUGUUGGGGGAAUCGAACCAGAGGAAACAGAAAAAUCAAUGCAAAUUAUGUGGCAGUUGGUUCACCCUAAACUAGGCUCUAAUGUUAUUACCGUCAAAGCUUCUGCUGUUGUAAUAACAGCGGUUGUGUCUGCCUGGUCAUUUAUUUUGACAACUAUGGAUAGAUGGAGUCUCAGUCCCAAACUUUGGCUAGAAUCCAUCACAUAUUUGUCUAGUUUGCUAGAUAAGGAUGACCGAUCUGUUCGCAUUGCUGCUGGGGAAGCACUGGAAGUAAUUUUUGAGAUGGGAAGCUUAGAGAAGUUUGCCACUGAAGCUGAAGGUUCAAAUAAUGGCUCAGUUUCUGAAGGGAAUAAAUCUAAAGAAGGAUUAUUACAUAUACAAGGAUUGAGGGCAAAAAUUCUAAAUCAAGUCAGAGACCUCUCUGUGGAAGCUGGUGGUAAAGGUUCUGCAAAGAAAGAUCUUAAUUACCAAAGGAGUUUGUUUAAGGAUGUUUUGGAGUUCCUUCAGGAUGGUUAUUGUCCCGAGACAUCAAUGAAGAUCGGCGGGGAGUCACUUCAGACAUCAACAUGGUCUCAGUUGAUUCAGUUGAACUUUUUGAGGCGCUUUCUUGGUGGAGGUUUCACUAAACACAUGCAGGAAAACGAGUUCCUUCAAGAUGUUUUUGGUUUCACGCCAAAAAGGAAUCUUGUAGGCGGUGAACAUGUAUCCAACAAUUUAAAGAGAAUGUACAAAUCACCAAAUUCAGUCAUCAACAAAGCAAGGACCCAGCACUUGAACAAGCAGCGGAUGUUAUCCGAGGGUAAAAAAAUUGGGCACUUUGCUGUCAAUGUUGGUGAUGAAGAUUCAUAAGCUUCUACGGGACAGAAACCGGGCAUUGUGGUGCUGGAUUAGCUUGUCAUUUGUUAUUAAGUUUUGGUUAAUAUCGGCGAUGGCUCUACAUACAGAUAAAAUUGUAAUUGUGGCGUCGAGUGCACUCAUCUAAGGCACCAAUAAUGAGUUUGCUCUGUCCAUGGGAUUGAGAUGCUGCAUUUAAUGAAUAACAAGAAGCGGCCAUUUCAGAUUAGUGGCCAUCUUUCCUGUAAUGAACCAAUGAUGUUUCUCUCAAGCUAUAUUAUGAUAUUACUUAUAUUCAGUAUGUAUGAUUACUUAUAUUCAAAUAUGAGCAUUCAUCUUUGUAUGAAAGAAUAUGUUCGUGUAGGAUAAA